ACAGUCUCUCCAGCGCCGCUUUCUUGUUGCGGGCGAUCUUGUCCAGCUGCUCCGGGGACAGAGGGGCAGGGCGUGGGCUGCUCUGCUCCGUCUCCACCCCACAGCCCUUCUGCUUUUUCUGGAUAAUUUUAAUGUAUUGAGAAACACAUAGAACUGGUGAGAAGCGGACAGCCGGGGGUCUAAACGGCUUCAGAAAGUGUCGACAAAGCGGUGGAAUCAUAGUCGCGCUGCGAGUGUCACGCUGAACACCAACAACACAGCGGUGGCUUUGAACGCAGCUUGGAGUACGCGAACGCGUCGCGGGAAACUACAAAUCUCCCAGUGUCUGAAACGCUCAUGACUCCACUGUAUUAAAAAAUCCACCAAUGGAAAAGUUUGUGAUUCAGGAUCGGAACAAACGUCGCUGCACCAGUGACACUCCAGCAGGAAGUCCGAGAAAAAAGAUUAAACAGGAAAGAGACGAGAAAAUAAAGGAGGAAGACUCUGAAGAUGAUGAGGAUGCAGCCUUUGCAGAGUUCUCCAAUCCUGUUCCCUGGCAAAAAAUAGAAGCAGAGGGACUAGACUGUGAUUAUGCACUGCUUUUUUCUAAAGAGGAGGCAGACUGCCUUUUUACACAGCUGGAGGAGGAGGUGGUGUAUGCAAGAGGUGAAGAGUCAAAGGUCCAGGUGUAUGGAAAGGUGUACAACAUACCGAGAAAGCAGGCCACGUAUGGAGACGCAGGCCUAACGUACACUUAUUCUGGGGUGAGGCGUAUAGCCUGCCCAUGGACUCCAACUUUGGAAUACAUUCGAGACACUGUCACUAAAACGACAGGACAGACAUUCAACUUUGUCUUGGUCAGCAGGUACAAAGAUGGGCAAGAUCACAUGGGCGAGCACCGUGACGACGAGAAGGAGCUGGACCCCGGCUGUCCCAUCGCGUCGGUCUCUCUGGGAGCAGCGCGGGACUUCUUCUUCAAACACAGAGACUCGCGAGGAAAGCAGAGCCGCCGACAAAUUGAACCUGUGAAGCUGGAGCUCGCUCACGGAAGCCUGCUCCUCAUGAACCCGCCGACCAACACCUUCUGGUACCACAGCCUCCCUGUCCGCAAGAAGAUCCUCCUGCCUCGCAUUAACCUCACAUUCAGGCGCAUUCUGCUGGACAGCAAGCGUGAGAGCAAGCCAAAGCCGGGUGUAAGUUAGGGACAUGGCCAUGUGCACAGCCACUAACAGCACAGCUCCAAUUUAAGCAACUUGACACUCUGGAGGAAGACUUUCUUAAUUUUUUUCAGUGAAUCAGCAUUUAACUUUGCUCAACUCAUAUUCAUGUUUCUGUUCGAAAAGAAGGCAAAGACUUCAGAUCAAUAAAUGUAAACAAUUGACUUGUGAGCUUGUUAGUUCUCAUUGAUUGGACUGCUGCUGCUGUACUCUAGCAGCUCUGGAAAGUAAAAGGUCGCUGGGUUGCAUUUAAAGGAAAGGCAUGUAAACAAUGAAAAUGUACUUCUUAGUGGAUUGUCAGGUUGGUCCAAAUGUAGACUGCUUUAAUCAGACUUCUCUUUAAUGGGCUUAAUGGGUAUGAGAGGGGGGUGUAUGACUUCAGCAUCAGUUUGUUCCCUGGAUAUGGAAAUAUUUGUUGAUACAGGAGCUUUUUAUGUUCCAGAGUUGUCAGAUUCCAAGGUUAUAUACACUCGCCAAUUUAUUAGGUUGGACCCCUUUUACCUUCAGAGUAGUCCCCAGGUAUUUUGGUCCAUGUUAGCAUCCUAUAGUUGUUUUAGAUUCAUGAUGCAAAUUUUCUGUUUGCCCCCACAUCCCAAAGGUGCUCUAUUAGAUUGCUGCUACAAUCAUUAGAUGGCAAAUUUUGGUAAGACUAUACCAAUUGUAGCCUCAAUUUUCUAUUGUUAGCUGAAAGGACUAGCACCCAGUGUGGUCUCCUGCUGCUGUAGCCCAUCUGCUUUGCAGUUCCAGCAUUCAGAGAUGCUCUUCUGCAUGCCUUGGUUGUAACAAGUGGUUGAGUUAUGGUUGCUUUCAGAUCAGCUGGAGGCAGUCUGGACAGUCUUCUCUGACUCUGGCACUUAGAACUGCAGCUCACUGGUUAUUUUCCUUUUCAGACCACACUCUGUAAACCUCAGAGAUGAUUGUGUGGGAAAGGCCCAAGUAGAUCAGCAGUUUGAUUAGGGUGAACAUUUGAUCAGAUAAAAGAUUUGCUGCCUUUGGUAUACCAGUAACAAGUAUACUUUUAAACCUCUUGCAAAUUGAGCAGUUUUCAAAUUAACUGUAUUUCAUUCAAAGACACUUAAAUAAUGGGGUAGUUAACAUAACAAUCUCUUAAACGUACCAAAAAAUGUUCUUGCUUUAAUAAAACACUCUAAAGACCAUUGUUAAUGCUUUUAAUACCUGAAAACGAUCACCUUACAGACUGCACACAAAUACAAUCUCACAUGAAUAUACACUAGUGCAAACUGCAAAAAUUAAGCAGUUUUGCAACAGAUCACUGCUCAUUUCGACCUUGUUGGUCAAAAGUUACACAUUAAUUAUAAACAAACAGGAUGACUACAGAAAUCUGCAGUCAUGUUAACUAAGGGCACGUCUCUUAUUAACCCGUUUAAAAACACCCACAGCAUGUCAACUGGCUGUGAUGUGUCACAUUUCAAGGAAGGGCCCCGUUCACAUUAAUUGUAGCACUCAUGGUUCCAAGUGUUUAAAAUCUCAGGCAUUUAAGACAAUAUGGCACUUAAACCAUAAACGUGCAGUUUUAUAAAUCGUGAUAGAGUUAGGUUCACUAGAAACAGCAAAAAUAAUCAAACAGAAACCGUGUCAAUAGAAACAUUAUUACUGCUCUGGGUUUACAUACACUGCUGAGAAGGAUUAGGCAAACUACAUCUGACAAAGAGAACCGGAGUCAAGGAUAAUUCCACCUUUGUGACUUUACAGAAUAUGCAACAGCUCCUAAAUAUAAUCACUGACAAGUCCUAAUGAGCCACUUGAAGGCAAUGGACAAAAUAAUAGGAACACCUUGAAGCAGCCUAGGGUGUAUUCACAUUUAAACACCAGAAGCCACACCUCUAGCCCACGUUUGAGCCAGCCUAAACACUGUACGCUUUCAAUGUGAACCGCAGUUUGUAGGGUUAUUAUCUUGGCAUAGACUGCACCAAUAAGCCACAACAGUAAAACCACCAGUCUAAUAUUGUGGUGUCACCAAAAUCAUUUUGGCAUUUGUUUAAUCUGCUUGCUUGCAGGAUGAAGCCUCUCCAUCAGAUCAGGAUUUGGGGAAUUUGGAAGCUGGGAAUAUGGUAAAUGGACUGCAUUUAUUUAGAGCUUUUCUAGUCCUACUGACUACUCAAACCACUUUACAU